UUGCAGGCUUAUAGCGUCGGUCUAUUACGUUCUGACUAUUUGGCUCACGUGUACGAGGGCUGUGCAAUAAAGCAGGUUGAAAUCAACACGAUUGCCUCCAGUUUCGGUGGCAUUGCUACACACUUGGUGCCUCUGCAAAACUUCGUCCUGCGAGAACUUGGACAUGCUGAGAAAUUGAAGCAAAUGCCGAAGAACGAAGCCUUGGCAGGUCUCUGCGAUGGUAUGGUCAAAGCCUGGAAUAUCUAUAACAAGCCCAAGUCAGUCAUUCUGUUCAUCAUCGAGGACAUCUCGUAUAACAUUUGCGAUCAGCGUUUCCACGAGUUCUACAUCCGUGAGACCUAUCCACACAUCAAAGUGCUGCGUCGCACCCUCACCGAGGUGCACAAGGAGGGCAAAUUGGGCCAGAACAAGGAGCUGCUGCUCGGCAACACUGAGGUGGCCGUCAUCUAUUUCCGUGCCGGCUACGAGCCGGGUCACUAUCCCACGCAGGGUGAAUGGGAUGCUAGGUACCUGAUGGAGACCUCAUUGGCUAUUAAAUGUCCAUCGAUUCAAUAUCAUUUGGCCGGAACUAAGAAGGUGCAGCAGGCACUGGCACAGCCAGCGGUGCUGGAGCGUUUCAUCAACGAUCCGGAGGAGAUGAAGGCUGUCGGCAAGAUCUUUACCGGCCUCUAUUCGAUGGACGACAACGAGGUGGGCAAUGCCAACUAUGAGAUGGCCAUGCGGACGCCAGAGAAGUUUGUGCUGAAGCCACAACGCGAAGGUGGCGGCAACAAUGUUUACGGCUUGGACAUUCCCGAUGCUCUGAAGCGCAUGUCGCGAGUGGAGCGUUCUGCUUGGAUCUUGAUGGACUUGAUACAUCCGCCGCUGUCACAGGGAUACAUGAUACGACCUGGCAGCGAUGUGCCGCCCCAGAUUGUGGACAUGGUCUCCGAGCUGGGCAUCUUCGGUGUCAUCAUUGGCGAUGCGGAUCACAUUGUCCACAACUACCAGGCGGGUCACAUGCUGCGCACGAAGCUAUCCACUGCCAAUGAGGGAGGCGUGGCCGCUGGCCUGGGCGCGCUCGACAGUCCAUACUUGAUAGAUUCCGACGAUGAGAACUAAUGCUAACUAAACUCUACCUGCCCGCCACAUUGCCUAUUUGCUCCAAGUACUUAACAAUUGUAUAAAUGAUAUUCUCCAUCUUCCCCCCAUAAACUAUUUUUGUAAUGCGCGUAGAGUUGCAAUUGGUGCAAUAAAUUCCACUGUAAAUAAGAGA